AUGGAAAAGCCCCCGACCUUGGAUCCAUACGACGAAACUACUGACCCCGACGAUCACAUUAAGAACAUUGAAGCCGUCAUGGAGUAUCACGUCGUCCACGAGUCCAUCAAAUGUCAUAUCUUCCCGACCACACUCAGGAAAGGAGCGAUGACCUGGUACAGGAAUCUCCCUCCCAACUCCAUCCAGUCCUGGGCCGAACUCAAGGAACUCUUCUUGAGCCAUUUCACUGCUUCCCGUCGACAGCCGAAGUCUGAAGCAAACCUCGAGGCUGUGAUCCAAGGUACCAACGAACCUCUCCGAGAUUACCUCGACAGGUUCAACAAAGAGGCCGACCAAGUGCAGACGACCGACUAUAUGAAGAGGUACCUCCUGGAGAGAGGACUCCUCCCCGAAAGCGAAUUCAAGAAGGCUAUAAAGAUCGAAAAGGUUCACUCCAUGAACGCCAUCCUCAAAAGAGCCCAAGCUUUCAUUGCUUUCGAAGAAGGUGAGGCGGCUGCCAUUAAAGCAUCUAGGGGAAAUGAUGCUCGAAGCUCGAGCCAAGACUACUCGAUUUCGCGCCGAGGACAUGAGAAGAGGAAGGAUGACAGGUCCCACGACGCGAAAGAACGCAGGGGACCAGCUGGCCGGUUCAGCAACUAUCCCCCUCUGAACGCCUCACGCGAGAAAAUCCUAGCCGAGUGCAAGAGCACCGACUUCAAGAAAUCCAACAUCAGGCCCCCAAAAUCAAAUCAAACCAGGUCGGGGGCCGACAAAUCCAAAUACUGCAAGUAUCACAAGAGCCACGGGCACCUGACCGAGGACUGCAUACAUCUCAAAGAUGCCAUCGAGACGCUGAUCAAAGAAGGCCGCCUUUCGAAAUACACAAAGAAAGGAGACCCGUCCAGAAGAGACGAAUCACCGAACUCUGACAAGGAUAACUCACUAGAUGGUGGGCCACUGCAAGUAGCUCUGUCCGUUACCCGACCAGAGGACUUCAUACCCUCGGUCGGAGUAAUGUCUGUCCUCAGCACCUGGGAGGGGUUCCCAGCCGCGAUAGUGAUAUCUAAUGGCGGAGAUCCCGACUCCCUCACGAUCAGCUCGGUGAAUGUCAUACCCCAAAAUUUUCCCUCCUAUAAUCAAUCAAAAGGUUCCUCACUUCAUUUCCAAUAA